AGACUCGCUGUCUCUCUGUGGAUAAUCACGCUCGCAAACCGCAUACCAAAGCGUUGGUUCUCCAGAGUCAAUUGAUCAGCGCUGCGAGUGAAGACUGACGGCCGGGUGGUGUUCACAUAGAUUUCCAGCUUAGCCAGCGCAGUCUCAAUCUUAGCCUCGACUCUGUCCAUUAGUACAUAGGGUAUUCGCUGCGCGGGCUUUAGUUGUUAAUCAAGUCUUGUUGUGAUCGCGUUCGGCGAGCGCGCUCCGUUGUCUAGUGUCAGUUAUUUGCUACAAUUUCAACAGCUAUUGACUGAACGCCGUUAUAGUGCAUAUUAUCGAGUCGAUUGCGAAAUUUUGGCAAUCGAAUUCGGCAUACAAAAUAUAUAUUUUUAAUACAUAAUUGAGCGGCGUUCGUUAGAUUUUUCGCCAGAAAUCCACUUGUGUAGAAUACGAAAUAUAAGUGACUUGUGUAUAAAAUGAAUUCGUUAUUUGGCAAUAUGUUCUGACAAAUAAGGAGCAACCAGUUAUUGAAGUGCAUUCCAAAUUAUAACCAAAAGAAAAAGAGUAAUUUUUAAAAGUCUCAAGAAAAUAUAUGAAUCAAAUACAUUUUUGUUUGAGUGGGCAUUGAUUGUGUGAUCUCUGUAGCAAUGAAAAAACUUUACGCCAAAGCAUCGUUUAAGAGUAAAAAACCAAGUCACAAAAAUUCCACUCAGGACUGCGUCGAUGGUGGUAUAUACAUCAGCAAGCCGCAGCAUGGACCAAUAAUACUAGCUUAUCAAAGUGGCUCCGCACAACAACAGACCCCACAAAGUCUAGCGGAUAUUGAUGUGAGCACAUCAACAAUGCGCAGAAAACACAGAAAGUCCACUCCCGAAGUCGCACAGUCGGCAGCCAAUAGCGCAGCUGCCAGUAAUGAAGAUGAAUCAUUUUUCCCACCGCCACCAUCGCGCACGCCCUCCUCAGCAUCGUCACUAUCCGCCAGCAAUCCCGCCAUCGCCCGUCUCUAUCAGCCAGACGAUUCCCAUUACUACUACUCCAUACAGGAGCUGCAACAGCUUAACAUGCUUGAUCAUCGACACCCGCACUUCCAUCGCCAUCAGCAGCAGCAGCAGCAUCAAUUGCUACACCAAUCCAACUCAGCGACAACAGCAGCAACCGUUGCGACCGCACCAACAACAACAUUCUAUGAGCAUCAUAAACUAGUGCUACAAUUGCCUAUGGCCGCAACAACGCCAACCUCACCCAUUUAUGAGGCACCGCACAUAGUCAACAAUUCAAGUGGUGGUGGUGGCGUCGGAGCGCGUUCACUAGACUACAGCUACAAUACGCAUCAUCCGCCACUGCGCUCAUACUUAGCAGCUGAUGACAUUGAGGGCAACGAUUUGGAUAAAGAUAGCGAUUUUAUGUUGGGCAGUGAUGGCCGAAUGGCGGGGUUUGGUUCAUUGCCUAUUGUGGAUGCUGAGGUUCAUGCUAGACGCUUGGGUUCGGCAUCGCCCUUGUCUAUGUCGCAGCGCUCCUCCACGCUGUCGUUCAGCAAUUCACGCAAAUUGCAACACACGCACUCCAUGCCGUCUAUUUGUUUGCGGAACGACCGGUCUGUGGGGGGUGAGGGCGACGCCGAUGACGAUUAUGGCGACGAUGACAGCGGCGGACUGCAACAAUUGCACGCAUAUAGACAACAACAACUGAAAUUACAACAACAACAACAAGAAGCGCAACAUAAACAGCAUUAUCAUCCGCAAACAACGCGUCAUAAUUCGGUCAAAGCGAAUUUAAUUAGUAAUUGGCCAACAAUAACAGCGAACGCUAAUGGAUAUGUUAGUGAGCAAAGUAUUAUUGGCGCGCGCGCCUCCGUCAUGGUGUACGAUGAUAACCUGAAGCGCUGGUUGCCAUCGGGCACCUCGGCCGGUCUCAGCAAAGUGCAGAUCUACCACCAUCAACAGAACAAUACAUUCCGCAUCGUUGGGCGCAAACUUCAGGAUCACGAGGUCGUCAUAAAUUGUUCUAUACUGAAGGGUCUCAAAUAUAAUCAAGCCACACCCACUUUUCAUCAAUGGCGCGAUUCGAAGUUCGUUUAUGGUUUGAACUUUUCCUCACAAAAUGAUGCGGAUGCAUUCGCUCGAGCCAUGGUUCACGCAUUGGAUGUGCUCAGUGGUCGUUUGGUCAACAACCCGGCUAUGGGUGGCGCUAUGGGUAUGGGUUUGCCCACAAACGGGAAUGGUUAUGAGGAGGAUAUGGGCUAUCGCACGAUGACUAGUGAGGAUGCGGCGAUUUUGCGGCAGCAACAACAAAUUACUGGACAAAUCACACCUUCCGCACAAACCCCAACUUCACAGGCCAAUCAGAACAAUAUACCACAAAGCCCACCGACUCCGCAGGGACAUCAUCGCACCAGCAGUGCUCCAGCGGCUCCGCAACCGCAGCAGAUGACAAUACCGCAGCAACAGCCACAGCCGCCAUAUGGACAGGCGGGCCAGCCGAACGGUUUGCAGCCACAGACGCAUGUUCCACCCGUACCAGGUCAGCCACAGUACCACGCACCUCAGCAGAUGCAACAGGCUCCGCAGGCCUCGCACGCCGUUUAUUCCGCACAACAGCUGGUCAACGCCGGCUAUCCGCAACAAUCACAGUACCAGCCCAGCCACUUUAUGUUAUCUAAUUCUAAUCCGAAUCUUAAUCUGCAUCAAUAUUCACAACAGCAACAGCCGCCGCCACAAUGCAUACCAGGGGCGCCCCAGCCACCAAUGCCGCCACCACAUCAGAAUGGUAUCGGUGGCGGCGGCGGUGGCGGCGGUCCAAUUUAUGUUUCCUCAUCGCAAUCGCAGCCAGCGCUGCCCACAUCCGUUAGCUCGAGCAGUGGCAUAUAUGGUGGACAACCAAUUCAGAUGCAACAACCACAAGCUCCAAGUGGUGUAUUGCAGAAUGGUAGUGGUGGCGGUGGUGGCGUAGGUGUUACUGCUGCUGCUGGUGCCGCUGCAGCACCGCCACCGCCUCCACCACCUCCAUUCGGAGGCAUAGGUGCUCCGGCUCCACCUAUGAUGGGUGGUAGUAGUGUACCUCCAGCACCGAUGCCGCCACCGGCAAAUGCUAAUCGUAGCGCACCACAAGCACCAGCUGCACCGCCACCACCACCGGCAGCAGCUGCGCCACCACCACCACCUCCGCCCCCGGCGGGAGGCGCUCCUUCAACGAAAAAAGACGAUCCUCAGGCCGAUCUUAUGGGUUCAUUGGCGGCUCAGUUGCAACAAGCCAAACUGAAGAAGAAUAAGCCAUCGGCGGCACCCACAGAGAAUAGCGGUAGCAGCACCUCUAGCGGUGGUAGCGGUAACUAUGGCACAAUCGGACGGAGCUCAACCGGUAUGGCUUCCAUGAUGGACGAAAUGGCUAAAACAUUGGCACGACGACGUGCUCAAGCCGAAAAGAAAGAGCCCGAAGCCGAACCGGAAGUAAAACAGCGACCCUGGGAAAAGUCCAACACUUUACCACACAAACUGGGCUCAUCAUCAUCGAAUACGAAUUGCAAUGCCUCUUCCAACACCACAUCGAACAGUGGUAGUGAGUCACCACGACCGAUGCGCAAGCGAUUCGGUAGCGCUAGCGAGGAAACGAUACUUAAGCAGGUUAAUGGCGAUGGUCUGUCAUUGGCUUUAUCGAGCACUGAGUUGGACACUUUAAAGGCUGAUAUACUGAAAGAGAUUCGUUCUGAGAUACAAAAGGUCAAACAAGAAAUAAUAGAAGUUAUAAAAUCCGAAUUCAAUCGAAGAUAAGAUCGGCAACAGUCUGGCACGAGCAGCAUUAGCAGCCGCCGAACGGUGAUCAAAAAUAUAUUUGUCGGUGAUAAAAUGAAGUAGUUGGAUAGCUGGAUAAAUAGAUGGAUGGGUGGAGUGUAUUGAAAUCCGUUGUGGACCUAUUUGUUUUAAUUUAGCAACAAACUGCAAAUUGCAAAAUACAACAAACAUUCUUUUAUAUAUAUACAUAUAAAUAUUAUCUACAAACGUUUAAAUGGAAAACGGAAUACUUACUUCCAUAAUUAUACAUAAAGGCUAAGAUAAAGAAAUAACAAACAUUACUCGAGCUAAAAACACGUAGCUUCGGAUGCCAACUUCAGAUAUGUAGCGCCGCUGGUGCCAAUCUAACGGUCAUAACAACACAACAAUAUUAAUAACAAGUAACGAAUAAACAAUGAACUGAAUACGUAUUGAAAAUUUUUAAAUACAAAUUUAAUGUAGUAGUAAAUAAUACUAAAAUGAUGACAGUGAAAAUGAUAUCCCACAAAACACACACACUCACUAAAAUUGCCGAUGUUUUCAUGUUAAUUUACAUACCCAAGUAUGUAUGUAUACAUUAUGCUAAACAACGCGAAAAAACACUGGCAAAGUAAAUAGUACGUUAUCUGAAGAAUGAAUGCAACGCGUUGUACGAGUAGUUCAUGUUAAUGUCGCUUUGUGUAGGUGCAAACAAGCAAACGUUUCAUAUUUCGAAAAUAUCUCGCGAAGUUGAACCUUCGUACUAUAAAUUUAUUAAAAAAUUCGUAUUAGAUAAAAACUAAAUAAAUAAAUACAUACAUAUAAAAUAUUUAAGUGUAAUAUAACGUUGCUCGCUCCAUGAAUCUACACAAUACACAUAAUAUAUACAAAAUUGAGGAAAUUAUAUGUUCAAACCGAUCAUACGAUGUUCGCUGUAUUUAUAUUACAUCUACUAUAGACAUAGUUUACUAUAACAAAAACAAAAACAAAAACACAAAACUUGGACAAUUAGUAUAAUUAUCGACAUACACACAUAGUUUUAGUUGAAAAUGUAUAUUUUUUGUGCUUUAUUUUGACUAAAAGGAACACUUUUCGUAGGUUAUUUUCAGGUAGUUAAACAGUUAAACAAGCAAGCAAGCAAGUCUCUCGUACAAAAUUUGCCAAUAUGUAUUAUUUUUGUGUAUUUAACUUUAUAAAUCGCUGCAUACAAAUUCUCAAAUUCUAUAGUUCCUUAACAUAUCGCAGUCGUUGUAAGAUAAUUUCCCAUUUUGUAGACAAAGCAUUUUUAGACGGACUGCGACAAACAAAACGAAAACUGAAUACUUCAUUGAAUCUGUUAAAUCCAUUAUAUAUAUAUAUAUAUAUUUAUAUAUGCUUUUGAUACGAAACAUUUUUAAAACACAUAACCACAUAAAUGAGCGAAUCGUUUGUAAUUGAAUGAUAACGCCAAAUUUAUCAUUCGAUUUUUUUAUACACACAUACGCAUGUACAAGCGCAUACAUACAUAUGUUAAGUAUAUGUUUUAAUUUCUAUUACUUAAAUGCAUUUUUAUUUCUUUUGCACGUACACACCGUUCUGUGUGAUUUAUUUAUAACGUAUACUUCUACAUAUACAUACAUAUAGACAUACAUACAUACAUGCAUACAUAGUUAUAGCGCGAUUUAAGUGCAUUCAUGCGACCAUUCAUUAAUAUUAUAUGUACUAAAUAGCAAAUAUCUCAACAAUUUGUAAAGCAAAUAUAAUAUGAAAACAAUGAAAAACCAGAAUAAGAAAAACUAAACACAAAUUCGAUUAUAUACCAGAAGAGAACUGCUUUCUAAAUGUUACUAUUACUAUUAUAUAAUAUACAUAAUCUGAUAAUAUUGUAUCAAACGUGAAUAAAACCAAUGAAAUGAACGAAUAAAAUCAUUCAUGGAUUGUAAGAGAUUAAAACUAAAAAAAAAAAAUAUUGUACUAAACUUAACUGUUAAUAUAUACAUACAUACAUGUACACGCGAUUAGAUCGACGCAGCGUUGGUGAGCUCCGAAUGCGAAUGUAAAUGAAUUCGGCCGGAAUAUUUAGCAAAGUAUACUAAGUAACGGAAAUUCUGAGAUUCGAAUAUUGGAAGCUUCUUCAAAUAAGUAGUGCGUAAGUAAAGUAACACUAAAUGGCAUAGUAAAUCGAAUACUUGCAGUUCAUGUCUUCAUUACAGUUAUAAAUACAUUUAAUUUACUGGUGAUUUGAGAAAUCAAAAAAAUGGUAGAAACAGCAAGUGCACAAGACAAGGCAGAAUUUUAUUUCAAUGAACUGGCUGAAUUAGAGACUCAACAAAAGAAAACAGAAGAAUCAAUUUGACUUUUUCCUAACGGUCUUCAAAAGUAAUGCUAAUAGACACUGUUGCGGAAUAGGAUAUGGACAUUAAAAGAACGUGUCUUCCAGAGCCACUUAUUGUGAUGGAUGUUGCAGUAAAAUUUGAAUAUUUUUUAACGUUGACACAAUUUAAUUUUUAUUUUUUGAGUUUGCAUUCAGCCGCUUUUCGAAUUAUUUGUCUUUGACUUGCGGACACACGACUUGUCCAAAUCUACGAUUUCCACGCGAACGCAUUCAAAACUUUCCCAGGUCGUCGGUUUGAAAUUUCGAACUGCAGCGCGUUUUUGUUUCAAGUGUCAAGUAUUCGGCAAGAAGUCUGCAAAUAGUAAAAUUGUUUUAGCGUUACCACAUAAACAAAUACAAAUAUACAUAGGAUAUAGUGAAUGCAUUACAUACAAAUGGAGCUUGGAUUUGUGCAGAAGUGUAUGCAUUGCAUGGAAAUACAGUUGUGAGUAAAAAAGAAAACCAAACUAGUGUAUAAGCUUAAAUAAAUGUAGUUUACAUAAGCACAGUGAAGCAAAACAGAGGCGCUCUAUAAAUCAGUUGAGAGAUGACUCUAGAAAUCGAAAUGGAACAUGUGCAUAUAAGCAUAUAAUGAACGUUCGAAAGUCAAGCGUCGCCAAGUGUUGAAAACAAAUACCAAUAAAUUGUGUGUACCAAGUGUGUACAAAGAUUUCGGAGGCGUUUACCCACUUUGUUUGCUUUCAGUAUUUUAUUUUUGCAUCCAUGGCGUACUAGACAUAUUGUUGUUGUAUACUACUUACAUAUAUUAUUUUUUCUUGAGUGAUGAUAACUGCAACAACAAAAAAUAUAGAUUAAACAAAUAACUGUCACAUCCUUGUUUAUAUUGUAAUAGAUGUAUGUAUCUAAUACCACUAAACACGCUUAAAAUCUAAGUAAUUGAAUAAGUUUUUAAUUUAAACAAAUACAGUAUAAGAGAAUAACGAAAAACCAAACAAAAACAAAGCGAUGAUUUUUUACAAUUGACAUUUAAUUGAUAAUUUAGUAAUAAAUAAUAAAGUGUUGAAUAUACAUACAUACAUACGAAGAAUCUAAUUAAUGACUAAACGAAGAAGGAUUAAAUGCAAAAUAAUAAAGAAUAUGAAUAUUCAAGAAGAUAUACAAACACAAGACUAUCUAAAUUCAUAUGUACAUACGAGUACUUACAUAUGUGGCAGCAAAAUUGACAAGUAGCUAAAAGGCACAAGACGACACUGAGCGUUGCAUUUCAAGAUACAAAUAAGUAAUUCAGCAUUUCGGAAGUAAAACGAUUUCAAAAGUAAAGUAAAAAAUGUAAUAACUGGCAUACAUGCAAUCCAAUUACACACACACACAUAUGGUAAUGCAAAAGCAAAAUAGACCGAAAAUGAAAUAAAGCCAACAAAAAGUUUAUGUAAAAUAAAACAACAAGAAAUGUGUAUAUUUCAGCAUAAUAAUGGGUUGGGGAAGUUUCUGCAACGCGACCCGAUGAACUUUUUCGAGCUGCCAAGCAAAUACACGUCGCUUAUGUUGCCCAAAGGGAAUCUGAUUUAGCCGAACAACCUAAAGAAUUUAUUUUUCAACGAUCUGCUUUAAGCUACGAGAGUCAAGUAUAGUUUGGUUUAAUCCAUUUUUGCUUUCUUAUGUUAAACAUGUAUUUGAAUUUCUGCAGAUGUAAGUUGAGCAAACUCUAAUCCAGCCCCGAAUGAUGUAUUCGUACUCAUUUAUUACCAUGUGGAGUAUCAGUGCUUUUUUAUAAUCAGCAAUGAUAGUUAUAGUGACUUUUCCAUGCAUGCUAUUGGAAUCGGGUUUUGCGAUUGUUUGAAUUUUAAGGCAGCUGAACCAGGUCUAGGAGAAUACGUUGUAUUCAGUUAUUUGCUCUUCUGUCAGCAGGUUUCAGGUGAAAUUUGAAUAUUCGGUCUACCGUUAAACGCAGGAAGUCUUCUAACCAAUGAAGCACAGUUUUAGGCGUAAAUGAAGUACAUGAAACAAACCGAAAUUGGCUAAAACAGUUAAAUUCAACUUAAAGCUUUGCACUUGUCGGAAAGCUCAUCGAUAGACUUCGCAUGGUGCAUAAACAGUAAAUUUUACCGCGCGUAAAAUUCUGAUAUCUCCAUCGACUAUACUCGCGUAAAUUCAAGCAAACUUAAUGCAAGCGCUGCAGAGGAAGGCACACUGAAUUCAUACAUAUUUACGAGUUCGUGGAUACGAGAGCAUUUCGCAAUUGGUCACAAACGGAAUGUGUGACAGAAAAGCAAAAACGAUAAUCGAAGAAACACAAAUAUAAUCUAACUCCAACAACAAACGUCGAAUAUACGCAAAAAGCGAACAAUUAUAGAAACAAAGCCAAAUUACUUAUUUCGCGAAAAAAUACAGUGAACCAGCACCAUAAAAUAUAUGUACAUAUGCAUAUUGUACGAGGCUUAUAAAGCAAACGAAAGUCAACAUAAUAAAUAAACAGAACAGAAACGAGAAUUCUGCAACGCUCAGUGUUUCCCUUUUGCUGAGUUUCGAUACGUGCUAUCGUAUUGCGAUAUAAAAGUGCAUAUAGAUUGGCAUUGCAUCUCAACGUGUGCAGCUUGUAAGCAGUAAAUACAUACAGACACACAUAGGCGCAUCGUGACCAGCGCAUCCUUUCCGAACUCGCAGCAAUUCAACCGGUGGCCUUGCUCCGUUGUACUCGCACAACGUUCAUCCUUUCACAACGUUUAAGACACAAACUA